AUGAGCAGAAAUAGAGAAAGAGUCAUUGAAGCAGUGGAAAGUUGCUUUUCAGAGAAUGAAAAGACUUCCCCAGAAGAUAUGCUGUUUUCUUACAGAGGUAUUUUGUACCCUACUGCGUUUAGCAGCCCAGAAACUUUGGAAGCUCUGAAAUCCCUUGAAAUCAGGAGUGACGAUGUGAUUCUAGCAGGCUAUCCUAAAACAGGAACCAACUGGCUUGAAGAAAUGGUGAGGGAGCUGGAAUCAGCAGAUGCUAAAUAUACGGAAGAAGAAAUGAAAGAGAGGAUAAACGCUGAAAAGGAGCUACAGAUGUUUCCACGUCUAGAGUUUGGAGAUCCUGGAAUAUAUGAGAGGAUGAAGAAACUGCCUUCCCGAAGAAUCAUUUCAACCCAUCUGCAUCCUCAUCUCCUGCCCUUCUCCAUUCUCCAAGGAAAGGCUAAGGUCCUUGUGCUACUUCGGAACCCCAAAGACACGGCCAUCUCCUAUUACCACUUCUACAACAACAUGCCAGUGCUGCCAUCCUUUGCCUCCUGGGAUGAGUACUUUGCAGCUUUCAUGAAUGGGAAAUUAGCCUGGGGAUCCUACUUUGACCAGUUAGUGGAAUGGAACCAAUACAUUGACCAUGAGAAGAUCAUGAUGAUAAGCUAUGAGGAACUGAAAGAGGACCCAGUACUGGGAAUGAAAAAGAUUGCUGCCUUCUUUGGGUUCUCCCUGGAUGAGGAAAAUUUUCACAGAAUUGCCAAGAAGACCAGUUUCCAAGCCAUGAAAGAGAAAUCCAAGGAAACUCAUGGUAAAUUUGGGGACAUCCUCUUCCGUAAGGGCAUUGUUGGGAGCUGGAGAGACCUCUUCUCUAAAGCUCAGAAUGAAGAAAUGGACCGAAAAUUUGAAGACUCCAUAGGGAGAACAAAGCUGGCAGCAAAGAUUAAAUACAAUGUGUACUGCAAGGCCUGA